AUGGACUGGCACGUCUUCAGAACAGCUGCAGUGCUGUUCAUUUUCCUGGUGAUGGUGGAAGUUAACUGUGAAUUCCGAAUCCAGGUAAGAGAUUAUAACGCUAAAAAUGGCACUAUCAAGUGGCAUUCCAUCAGAAGGCAAAAACGUGAAUGGAUCAAAUUUGCUGCAGCCUGUCGUGAAGGAGAAGACAACUCAAAAAGGAAUCCAAUCGCCAAAAUUCAUUCAGAUUGUGCAGCAAACCAGCAAGUUACAUACCACAUUUCUGGAAUAGGAAUUGAUCAACCACCUUAUGGAGUAUUCAUAGUUAAUCAGAAAACUGGUGAAAUUAAUAUAACAUCCAUAGUUGAUCGAGAGGUCACUCCUUUUUUCAUUAUCUAUUGCCGGGCUCUAAAUUCCAUGGGUCAAGAUUUAGAGAGGCCUCUAGAGCUCAGAGUCAGGGUUUUGGAUAUAAAUGAUAACCCUCCAGUAUUUUCUAUGUCUACUUUUGUAGGACAAAUAGAAGAAAAUUCCAAUGCAAACACACUGGUGAUGAUACUAAAUGCUACUGAUGCAGAUGAACCAAAUAAUUUGAAUUCCAAAAUAGCUUUCAAGAUCAUAAGACAAGAACCAUCUGAUUCGCCAAUGUUUAUUAUCAACAGAUACACUGGAGAAAUUCGAACAAUGAAUAACUUUCUAGACAGAGAGCAAUACAGCCAGUAUUCUCUUGCUGUCAGAGGCUCAGACAGAGAUGGUGGUGCCGGUGGUAUGUCAGCAGAGUGUGAAUGCAACAUCAGAAUCCUUGAUGUUAAUGAUAAUAUCCCAUACUUUGAUCAAUCUUCAUAUUCCAUCUCUAUAGAUGAAAAUGCUCUAUAUUCAGGCUUGACCGAAAUUAGAGUCAUUGAUUUGGAUGAAGAAUACUCAGCUAAUUGGAUGGCAGUAAUAUUCUUUAUCUCUGGAAAUGAGGGAAAUUGGUUUGAAAUAGAAAUGAAUGAAAGAACAAAUGUGGGAAUUCUAAAGGUUGUAAAGCCCCUAGAUUAUGAAGAAAUGCAGAGUCUGCAACUUAGUAUUGGUGUUAGAAAUAAAGCUGAAUUUCAUCAAUCCAUUAUGUCUCAAUAUAAACUCACAGCAACUGCAAUCUCUGUGACUGUGUCAAAUGUAAUUGAAGGCUCAGUGUUCCGUCCAGGUUCAAAGACAUUUGUAGUAAAUAGCAACAUGGGACAGAAUUAUAGAUUGGGAGAAUUUGUAGCCACCGAUCUGGACACAAAACAAGUUUCAACAACUGUUAGAUAUGUAAUGGGAAAUAACCCUGCUGACCUGUUAGUAGUUGACUCAAGAACAGGCACACUUACUUUAAAAAAUAAAGUUACCUGGACACAAGUUGAAAUGCUUAAUAGAAAAUACCAAGGAACAAUUUUAUCUAUAGAUGAUAAUCUUCAAAGAACUUGUACUGGUACAAUUAUUAUUGACCUUGAUGGUUCAGGCUGGGUGGAGGAUCGUGAAACAAAUGGUGGCAACACAAAUGGAGAAAAUAUGAACAAUGGUUCCACUACUGGUGGUUCUGAUAUUGAAACCAACACAGAAGCUGGUGGGGGUGACAUUGGAGGAACCACUGGUACUUUAGGAACUGGUGAAGGAACAAUUUAUCAGCAAGGUACUGCAGAUAAUGUACAUUUUGGUCCUGCUGGUAUUGGACUGCUCAUCAUGGGAUUCUUGGUCUUAGGACUGGUACCAUUUUUGCUGAUGUGUUGUGAAUGUGGAGGUGCCCCUGGUGGUGGAGCUGGUUUUGAGCCUGUUCCAGAAUGUUCAGAAGGAGCAAUUCAGCCCUGGGCUUUAGAAGGACCACAGCCUGAAAUGACGGAUUUGGCCACUAUCUGUGUACCACAAAUGCCUCCUGAUAAUGGAAAUAUAAUUGAGUGCAUUGAUAAUUCAGGAGUUUACACAAAUGAGUACUGUGGCAGAGAAAUGCAAGAUCUAGGAGGAGGAGAUAGAACAACUGGAUUUGAGUUAAGUGAAGGUGUUAAAACAGCACCGGAUAUAUGCCAAGACUAUUCGGGAACACUCAGAAGAAAUUCUAUGAGAGAAUGUAGAGAAGGAGGUCUGAAUAUGAACUUCAUGGAAAGUUACUUCUGUCAGAAAGCAUAUGCGUAUGCAGACGAAGAUGAAGGACGCCCAUCCAAUGACUGUUUGCUUAUAUAUGAUAUCGAAGGCGUAGGGUCACCUGCUGGCUCUGUGGGUUGCUGUAGCUUCAUUGGAGAAGACUUUGAUGACAGCUUCUUGGAUACUCUUGGGCCCAAAUUUAAGAAGUUGGCAGAUAUCAGUUUGGGAAAAGAAGUUGAAGACUAUCCAUACCCAGAUUCCACUUGGCCACCUGACAACACUGAACCAAUUUGCCCUCAGCAGGGCCUAGAGCCCAUGUAUAAUGGACACCCACCGAUGUCCCCACAUAUUGGCACUACCACAGUAAUUUCUGAGAGUUACCCCUCAGGACCUGGUGUACAGCAUCCUAUGCAAAUUCCUGAUCCUCUGAGCUAUGGUAAUGUCACUGUGACCGAGUCUUACACCACCUCUGGCACUCUGAAGCCCUCUGUUCACAUUCAUGAUAAUCGACAUGGAUCAAAUGUGGUGGUAACCGAGAGGGUGGUUGGUCCAAUCUCUGGUGCUGAUUUUCAUGGAAUGUUAGAUAUGCCUGACUUGAGAGAUGGAUCAAAUGUGAUAGUGACAGAAAGGGUAAUUGCUCCAGGUUCAAGUCUACCCACCUCUUUGACUAUCCCUGAUCCUAGGGAUUCAUCCAAUGUAGUAGUGACAGAAAGAGUAAUCCGACCAACUUCUGGCAUGAUGGGCAAUCUGAGUAUGCACCCCGACUUAUCAAAUGCCCACAAUGUGAUUGUGACAGAGAGGGUAGUUUCUGGUUCAGCUAUGACUGGGAUUAGUGGCCAGGGUGGUAUGAGUGGAGGAAGUGGCACAGUCAGCAGUGGCCUGAUGAGCACAAACAUGGGUGCCAGUAACAGCUUCAGUGGAGUUGGAAUGAGCAGUGGUGGCAUUGGGUUAAGUGGUAUGGGAGGAGGCGGGGGCAUGAGCAGCAGCAUGGGCGGGACAGCCACCAUUGGCCACAUGAGGAGUUCCUCUGACCAUCACUUUAGCCAGACAGUCGGAUCAGCCUCUCCUAGCACAGCCCGGAGUCGUAUUACAAAGUACAGUACAGUACAGUAUACCAAGUAG